UGGGAGGAAUCAGACAUGGCUGGAAUCCUAGCGAUAGCUCUCAUUACUUUUGUGGUGGUCGUAAUAACACAGCUCUUUAUCAAAUACAUCAAGUUAAAGUAUGCAUACCGAGGUCUUCCCGAACCUACUUACGACAAAUACUGGAUACUCGGACAUUUACCUCAUUUUCAAGGAGGGGUUUAUGACCAGUAUAUACUGAAUAAGAUGAUUGAAUGGAUGGGAAAAUAUCGCCACCUCUUUGUCCUCUGGGUAGGACCAACUGUUGUGUGGGUGGAAGUCCAUCACCCAGAGUCUGUGAAAAAGAUACUGGUCACAGCAGAUCCCAAGGCAGUCGGAUAUGGCCAAGUAUACAGACAUGGAAUUCCGUGGCUGGGAGAAGGACUUUUGAUUGCAGGGGGUGCCAAAUGGAAACGUUCAAGACGUCUGCUCACCCCUGCCUUCCAUUUUGACAUCUUGAAACCAUAUCUCAAGAUCUACAAGUCGUGUGCAGAUCUCUUGGUGAGAAACAUAACGACUGAGUCAGACAAAGGCGAGAGUGUGGAGAUUUUCAGCUUGGUCAGUUCUUGUACCUUAGACAUCAUACUCAGAUGUGCUUUCUCAUACGAGACAGAUUGUCAAAACAUCGGUCAAAAGAGAAACCCCUAUAUCCAAGCUGUGAAUGAUUUAACAUGGGAAUGGACACGUAGAAAUUGUUCUCCAUGGCUUUACACAGAUUUUGUAUAUUUUUUGACAAAAGGAGGAAAGAAAUUUAAGAGAGAUUGUGAUUUUGUGCACAAUGUGGCAGAGGGCGUUAUUGAGAAACGUCGCCAAGCUCUAAAAAAUGAAGAAGUUUCAUCAAAGAAAUACCUGGACUUUCUAGACAUUCUAUUGACUGCCAAAGAUGAGGAUGGUAACGGUAUGUCAAAUGAAGAUAUACGCACUGAAGUGGACACAUUCCUGUUUGAAGGACAUGAUACUACAGCUAGUGCCAUCUCUUGGAUCCUGUAUUCCUUGGCAGAACACCCAGAUCACCAGAGGAAAUGUCAGGAGGAAAUUGACAGGGUGGUCAGUGAAACCAAGUCCGGAGAACUCGAAUGGAAAGACCUAGAGAGAUUGGAGUACCUUACACGGUGUAUUAAAGAAGGAAUGCGGCUACACACACCUGUCCCUAUGAUUCUAAGAAACAAUCAGUCUACAAUCACUGUGGAUAAUCAAGCCAUCCCAGCUGGAAGUACGAUAGUCAUCAAUAUUUACAGUUUACACCACAAUGCUGAAGUCUGGGGAGAGGACCACAUGAAAUUUAAACCUGAAAGAUUCACAAAAGAAAAUAUGGAAAAGAGAGACUCGUUUGCAUUUUGUCCAUUUUCUGCUGGUCCAAGAAACUGUAUAGGACAAAAUUUUGCCAUGAGCGAGGAAAAGAUAGUUUUAGCAACGCUUCUUCAGAGGUUUACGUUUACAUUGGAUGAAACGCACAUCGUUGAAAAGCAGGUGUUAGCAGUUAUGCGGGCUAAGAAUGGCAUUAAGCUUUUUGCUAUCCCAAGGUGAACAAUGUUUUCAUUGUCAGGCUCAAUUCUAAAGAUCAACUGGGCAGUUGGACAUGCAGCCGAAAUUUUUUUCUUAUGAAAAUGAACCUCGAUCAGUUUAACUUAGAGCAAUAAAUGUGUGAAAGAAAGAGAUACAAAAUAACGUUAUAAAUAUAUCCUGAAACAAUAAAAAAUGUCAUAAAAGAU